GAUAGAACAGAUCCCUUCAUUUCCUGGAAAACAAAUAAAAGCUGUAUCUUUGUUCUCCUCGACUGUAAACACAUGUGAGGCAUUCAAACACGAGUCGAGAUGGAUAAUACAAAGCUCCUGUCAGCUUUCGCUGUCCACUCAAAACGUCGUCGAAGUGCUGAGACAACCCCAGGACCAGCUAGACCAAAACGCACACGUUCAGCAGUGAGCGAGUCUCAAAAGCCCGAGAUCUCUAAGACCUCAAAACUGAGUCUCUUACCUCAAGUGAGUAUCGAGGACAUCGCAAAGACCUCGAAGAAGACCCCUAAAAGAGCUACGAACGGUAUGCAAAAGACAGUAAGUGAGGAUGAAGAAAUAACACAAAAGAAGAGUCCAAAAAAAAAGAGGAAGUCAGAGUUUUCGGCAGCAGUCAAUGGGAAAAAUGCAGUUGAGGUUGAAGACGUUGCUGUUGCUACCGGAAAUGCCUCGACAGUCACAGAUGAGAUUCCAAAGAUCAAGAAGGAGGGGAAGGGAGAGCAGCAGGACAAGAGGAGCUUGAAAAGUGAGAAAAAUAAAAGAUUGAGCAAUUCAAAAGUUCUUCCUGACGACAAGGCGAAUGACGAGCGAGAGGAGAUUUUAAAUAAUAUCAAUCCACUGGAAGAGGCUACCACUCUAUUCAAUUGGCUCAUUCAUCCGGUGGUGAGCGAUGAUUUUUUUAAAAAUCACUGGGAGAAGGCCCCUCUCCACAUAAAACGCAACAGUUCCAGCUACUACAGACUCCUGAUGACAAAUUCACAGAUUGACGAUAUUCUUCGUCGGUACCACAUCCUCUUCACGAAAAAUCUGGAUCUAACCGCAUAUGUGAAUGGAAAACGAGAGACAUACAACCCUGAGGGGAGAGCACGUCCAAGUGUUGUAUGGGAUUAUUACUCGAAUGGGUGUUCAGUUCGAAUGCUGAACCCUCAGACAUUUAUUCCAAAGCUCCACAAUCUCAAUGCCUCCCUCCAGGAGUUCUUCCACUGCUUCGUAGGAGCUAAUUUCUACCUGACACCUCCAGGCUCUCAGGGUUUUGCUCCCCACUAUGACGAUAUUGAGGCAUUUAUUUUGCAAAUCGAGGGUAAAAAACGCUGGAGGCUUUACAAGCCGAGAAAUGUCUCUGAGUUCCUCCCCAGGUAUUCCUCGAAGAACUUCGAUUCCUCGGAGAUUGGACAGCCCAUUCUCGAUGUUGUUCUCAGUGCUGGGGAUUUUUUGUACUUUCCCAGGGGGACGAUUCAUCAGGGGGAGACCCUGGAGGAUGCACACAGUCUUCACGUGACCCUCAGUGUUUAUCAGAGAAAUUGCUGGGGUGAUUUCCUGGAGAAACUCGUGCCUGAGGCUCUGAGAACAGCUAUAUCUGAGGAUUCAGAUUUCAGGGUGGGACUGCCUUUGGGAUAUCUCAGGGAUGUUGGGAGUGCUUAUGCUGGGAGGGACAGUAACACCAGGAGGAUGAUGAUGGAGAAGACUAGGGAACUCCUGCACAGGAUGAUCGAGAAAAUCGAUCUGGAUAAAGCAGCUGAUGAAAUGGCCAAGGGACAUAUUCAUGAUUAUUUACCACCGGUUUUGGCACCUGUUGAGCUGCAGUGCUCUGUCUGUGAGGAUGGCGAGAGGAUGGUAGGGGCUAAAGUUGUUAAUAGAGUAGAGAUUGAGCCUGACACUAUGAUCAGGCUUGCCAGGCAACAUGCUGUUAGGCUGAUCAGGGAGAACAAUACCUGGAGGAUUUAUUACUCUGCUGAUAACACGAAGGAGUACCACGAGGUCGAGCAACAGUUUCUCGAGGUUGGGGACGAGUACGUGACGGCUAUUAUGCAGAUUAUUGAGACUUAUCCAGAGUUUAUUAAGGUCGAUGACUUGGAGAUUGAAGGGGAGCAGAAUAAGAUUCAAGUUGCAAGAGAUUUAUGGGAAAAAGGUAUAAUCCUCAGUGAUGUGCCUCUACCAGUAUUGGAUUAAUAUUUAAAAAAUGUUAUAAUA